AGAGAAUAAGCCAGUAAAAGAGGCAGGACUGUGCAUUUGUCUCAUGAGAGGUAUUACGUAAGUUGCAGGGGAUUCCUUAGUUUUUUCUUGUUCUUUACGCUCCUAAAAGUCUACCUCCCAUGGGUAUUUGUGGGGCCAGCUUUCUCGGUCUCACACCCCACACACCCUUUCAGUACACUGCUGCACUCUUCCUUCUGGACACAGCGGCAUAGAAUGACUCUCCUGAGUUAGAUGCUCCUUCAGGCAGGUUUGACAGACAACAACCCUGCCCCUCUCAGGUUUCUCUUGCUGUUCUUACUCCUAGCCUGCCUGGUCCAUUUCAUUUAAGGACAUUCAAAGAGCUGCCGCUUUCCUCUCUCCCCAAACUUAUCUUUUAGGAGAGGUUCCUCCCCAACUCCCUUGAACCUUUAGCUGAGCCUUGAAAAUUGCUUCUCAGUCUGCCAUCUUGGGUGAUAUUUCCAAUGAAUACCUACUCUGACAUCAUGAUCUGAAGCUGAAGAGGCAAAAGAUUUUGCUUCUAAGGAGCCCCGCCACCUGGCGUAAGAGUUCCUCCCCUAGGAGAUUAUGUAUGUAAUUUUAUUUUCAACAAGUCUAUCUAACCUAGUGUCCUAAGACUACCAGAAUCACUAAGGUUGCUUUUUCUGAUGCAGAUUCCUAGACCCCACCUAGACUCAUUAAAUUAGACUUCAUAAUGGACAGACCCUAAGAGUCUCCAUUUUUACCUUGAUUCUUUACACCUCUAUUGCAACAAAGGGCUUAGACUGAAAGCCUAGACCAGUUUCACCAAAGGAUGGGUUAAGUAGGGUGGAAAAAGGGGGUUUUGGAGUCUCCUGAUGUCGGAACUCUGUACUUAUAAAGUUGUUGGCUGGCUCAGGCAAAAGAAAUCGGGCAGCCACCUUCACACGAAUCCUGAUGUGGCACCAAGUGCAGCCUCAGAGGUCCAGCCACACAGCUCCCUCUCGGCCAUCCCAGCUCCUGAUAAAUAGGUUCCUGGGCCAGAAGUGUGUCUACUAGCUUUCCUGGCCUCAGCCCCUACACAAGUUGCAAAGGGCAGUUUCCAUUGUAGCACAGGCUCCUGGGAUCCUAUCGACUCUGUCUCUAAAUUGAGGGCUAGAGGGAAGAAAUGAGUAAGGAGCUCAUCCAUUCAACCACACUCUUUUUUUUUUUUUUUUUCCCCAUAAAAGAGGUGGUGGAAAGGAGGAAGGGGUAUAUGGGAACUCUGUACUUUCUACUCAACUUUGCUGUGAACCCUUUGAAGCUGCUCUAAAAAUAAAGUCUUUCUACACACACACACAUACACACACACACACACACACACACACACACACACAAAGGGGAUGCUGGUUUCCGGAGCAAAGAAAGUGAGGGUAUGAUAGGAAACCAUUUGGACGCAGUACAGAACGUGUAGAAUGAUGGCUUGGUAAGCCUAGAAAUCCUAUAGGACCUUUAGUAUAGAAUAGAAUAGAAUAGAAUAACACUUAUUAUAGAAUAACACUUAGUAUAGAAUAACACUUCCUAUGCUCUGGCCAUUUCCUUCGACUAUUAGCAUUUUAGCCUCAACACAGUCAUGGCAUCAUCAUCUCUGGUUUCAGAGCCCUGAGGUUCAGACUCGGUGAUUUGCCCAGGGUCACCUAGCUAAUGAGUGAGUAGCCCUGCCCGAAGUCACACACACAUACUCUGACCUCAUGCCCCUGGCUCCCCUCCACCACUGCUGCCUCUCGCUUUACUGGUACUUUAUCUCAGAGGCAAGGGAGCUCUCAGAGGGCCACGUGCUGGCCCAACCUAAAAAUAGCUCCCAUUUAUCAAGCACUUCGCUCUACUCUGCUAAGCACUUUGCACGGAUUACCUCUUCUAAUCCUCACAACCACCCUAUGGGCAUUACCGUCUCCAUUUUACAGAUGAGGAAACAGACCUGAGAGAGACUGUGAUGUGUGGCAAGUCGCACAAGCUAGUUGGUGAUGGAGCCAAAAGUGAGUCCAGGUAGUCCAGCUCCAGAGGGCAGACUCUACCUUCCCCACCACUAGGGGGGUGGCGGAGGGGAUGGGGACAGACCCUGAAAAGGGCGAGUUGACAAGACUUUACAGCUCCCUGAACACGGCACAGAGAGAGGGGCCGUUAAAGGUGAAAGGUGUGCGUGUGAACCGCUGAGCCUGCUAAGCCAGGAGCCCCAUUGUAUGAUCUGUGUGCAGGGCCAGGGGAGCUGUUUGAAGCUCAAAGCCUACCACACCCACCCCCACCCCACCCCCGGGCUGUGUGAGCCGGGCCACCUCAGUCCUCUUGCGGCUAUUCUGGGCUGCUGUCUGAUCUCCCUCUCUUCCCCAGCCCCUACUUCAGCCCUUCUGCUGGGAGUAGCCGGGUGGGGAAAGGCCAGGCCAGUUACAUAAGCCCAUGGCUGGGACCCCGGAGGCCAGGCUGGAGAGCAGGUGCUUAGCCCCUCCCUCACCACCAACAGUGAAAAUCUCCCUCUGGAGCCCAGCCUCCGGGCAGCCCAGCAUGGAGGCAGCCACAGCUCCCGAGGUGGCCUCCUCAGGAUCCACACUGAAGGUGAAAGAAACGAGCCCAGCGGAUGCAGAAGGACCCCCAGCUUCACCUCGACAGGAGGCCGGCAGCCCCAUUCCCCAGCUCCUGUCCCCUAUAGAAGAGCACCCCAAGAUCUGGCUACCUCGAGCCCUGAGGCAGACCUAUAUCCGGAAGGUCGGAGACACCGUGAACCUACUAAUCCCAUUCCAGGGCAAACCCAAACCUCAAGCCACCUGGACACAUGAUGGCUGUGCCUUGGAUGCCAGCCGUGUGAGUGUGCGCAAUGGGGAGCGGGACUCCAUCCUCUUCAUCCGAGAAGCCCAACGUGCUGACUCAGGUCGCUACCAGCUCAGCGUGCGGCUGGGCGAGCUGGAGGCCACUGCCACCAUUGACAUCCUGGUGAUCGAGAGGCCAGGCCCUCCUCAGAGUAUCAAGUUGGUGGAUGUUUGGGGCUCCAAUGCUACUCUGGAGUGGACACCUCCCCAAGACACAGGCAACACGGCACUCCUCGGAUACACCGUGCAGAAGGCUGACACAAAAUCUGGGCUGUGGUUCACGGUGCUGGAACGUUAUCACCGCACCAGCUUCACAGUCUCCAACCUCAUCGUGGGCAACUCCUAUGCAUUUCGAGUCUUUGCUGAGAACCAGUGUGGGCUCAGUGAGACAGCCCCCAUCACUGCUGACCUUGCCCACAUCCAGAAAGCAGCUACGCUUCGCAAGACUGGGGGGUUUGCACAGCGAGAUUUCUCUGAAGCCCCAAAGUUCACCCAGCCUCUGGCAGACUGCACCACGGUCAUGGGCUAUGACACCCAGCUCUUCUGCUGCGUCCGCGCCUCCCCCAAGCCAAAGAUCAUCUGGCUGAAGAACAAGAUGGAUAUCCAAGGCAACCCCAAGUACCGAGCCCUCACUCACCUGGGAAUCUGCUCUCUCGAAAUCCGCAAGCCCGGUCCCUUUGAUGGGGGCAUCUACACCUGCAAGGCAGUUAACCCCCUGGGGGAGGCAUCUGUGGACUGUCGGGUGGAUGUGAGAGCUCCUCACUGAGGCUUCCAAAGAAGAUUAGGGCAACUCUGACAAAGGAAGCCUGACUGUGGGGAGAUUGUGUCCUUAAGCAGCUCCAGCACAACAUCUGCUUUGGACUAAUCUAAAUAAACGUGUGGAUCCUCAGUGCAGAAGUGUCCAUCUGUUUGAGCCUUUCUAUAUGGGAAAACCAUUUAGAAAGUUGGAAUCCGUUUUUUAAAAUUGUUUGUCUGUUUAUUGAGAGAGAGUGUAUAUGUGCAGAUAGGGGAGGGGCAGAGAGAGAGAAAGAGAGAGAAUCUCAAGCAGGCUCCGCACUGUCAGCAGAGAACCCGGCAUGGGGCUCACUAUCACCAAUCGUGAGAUCGUGACCUGAGCUGAAAUCAAGAGUUAGACACUUAACUGACUGAGCCACCCAGGUGCCCCCUCCUCUUUCUUCUUAUAUCCACAUUCUCUUCCACAGAAGUUUCUAACACUGUCCUCUUGUUUAGAGUCUAUGACAGAGCUAAGUUCAACUCUAUCCUGUGCCUGGUGCUGAAAGAGGUGCUGAACAUGACUUGGUCUCUUCCUCUCUGAUCUUUCCAGUAUAAGUUGGAAAAGAGGAUGCACAUCCAUCACAGAGAUGCAGACACCAGAACACACAUAUACGUACAUAGCUAAUUAAAGACGAAGCACUAAGACUUGAGGGCUGGGAGACACUGAAGAAAUUGGAGCAGAGUCUCACUAAGCCUUGGGGAA